AUGACAUCUGUUUUCCUGGGUAUGCUUCUCAUCAUCAACCUGCUUCUGUUUGAAAAUUCCUCUCUGAUUCGAGCUUCCAUUUGCUGAUUGUUCUUGGAUGUACUGCUAUUUUGUCCAGUCGAAGCCCGAAUGACCCAGCUAAAGUGCUCACAAAGAGGGAGGAGGAAGCAGAAAAGUCGAAAUGGCUUCUUGAUAGGCGAUCACGGAGACGUAGAAGGUCAAACAAGACUAGUGCGGUUAUCAGUGAUGCCUCUCCGUAUGUUAUCCCUACUGAUGUCAGCAGAAAGAUGAGCAGGGGCGUCGACACAAAUGACGCCCUCAGAUUCUUUCUGUGGGGUCCUGAGACAAGGCAGCUUCUAACAGUGAAAGAAGAAAAGGAGCUGUUCAAGAAAAUACAGGUAUGUUUGAUCCUCCUCGGUGCGUAGAUCAUCAGCAUAUUAGAAGAGAGAUGGGCUUUAUCCAAACAUGAAGGAGAUAUUCUGUGCCGAACCAGGAUCUCAUGAGGCUGGAAGAAGUCAAACAGAAUCUGCACUCACAAUUUGGCCGUGACCCAACCCUUGUCGAGUGGGCUGAAGCCGUUGGAAUGACAUGCCAUGUGCUCCAGUCCUGCCUCUACUCUGGCAACCGCAGCCGGGAGAGAAUGAUCUAUGCAAAUUUCCGUCUGGUGGUGCAUGUUGCGAAGCAGUAUCAAGGGAAGGGUCUCAACAUUCAGGAUCUGCUGCAGGUUUGGAUUUGUUUCUCCGUUGACUUUAUGAGUCAUGUCGUUCCUUCUUCAAUUUUUCCACAGAAGGUGUAGCUUAAAUCAAAGCUUUUAGAGAGAGUAAGCUGAUAGGUUGAAUGAACAGCAAGCAUUUCCCUUUCUCGAUGAACCCAAUGUCUCAUGUCUCUGCGGCUGCAGGAAGGGAGCAUGGGUCUCAUGAGGAGCUUGGAGAAAUUCAAACCCAAGGCCGGCUGCAGAUUCCCAACAUAUGCUUACUGGUGGAUACGGCAGUCAAUCAGGAAAGCCAUAUUUCAGAACUCCAGGACCAUCCGGUUGCCAGUAUGAUUCCUACCUUUGCUUCCCAGUUUUCUCCUGAAGUCGAAGAACGGCUCAAUGGUGUAAUGCAAUAUCGUAUUGCAGCUGCUUCAUUGCGUGAUGAUGUUUCUGGGUGGUUUGUAGGAAAACGUAUACGCCCUUCUGAAGAAGAUCAAGAACACGAGGGUAUUGUACAUUCAAGAGGGCCAUGUUCCGACCAAUGAAGAGCUGGCCAGGCGAGUGGGCAUCUCGAAGGAGAGGCUGGAGAGGGUGUUGACUUCCGCGAGAUCCCCUGUGUCGAUCCAGGAUCGUGCAUGGACCGACCAGGACAUCACUGUGCAGGUACUCUUGUGCAGGACAUCCCCUGUGUCCUCUGUCAGAUGCAAUGAGCUGGGCCGGCGGCACUUCGCUUCUUUUGUGCGAUUGAUUUUGAGAAGGACGCUCUAAGUUGUGAUGCUCUUCUUGGAAUUUGCAGGAGAUAACUGCGGACCCAGAGGUUGAGGGUCCGGAGUUCACUGUCGCCAAGCAGAUGAUGAGGCGGCACGUCCGGGGGCUCCUCCGGAUUCUCCCGCCGAGGGAGCGGCAGAUAAUCCAGUUCCGCUACGGGAUGCACGGUGGAGAGCCCAAGUCGCUGUCGGAGAUCGGAGAGCUGCUGGGGCUUUCCAAGGAGAGGAUCCGGCAGCUGGAGAGCCGGGCCCUGGACAGGCUCAAGGAGAGCCUACCGGGGCAUGGCCUGGGGGCGUACGUGGAGCUACUGAUUUAG